AUGCCAAGAUCACCGUUUCCCAUUAAGUCGUCACCAAUGUCUGAACUAUGCCGCUUAUGCUUUUGCGACGGUAGCUUAUCUCAGGAUUUCUUUGCUAUCGGUGCUCGCAAGUCGGGACUUCGGCACCAUAAUCGGAAGAGUCGUGGGAGUGCGGCACAUAAGUUGAAAGAGCUGCACCAUCCAUACGCUCUGUGCAAUGCUGGGGCUGAUCCUUCGGGGCAAGACAGCUCCAUUCCCGGGUUGCGGGAACCAAGUUGGUUGGAACCCUGUCGCUCGUUCGAUGCAAUUUGUGGAGGUUGCAGCCAACAGGAACAAGAGGAACAAGACCUUUAG